UUUACAAGGCAGAUGGGCCUCUGGCUACAGCUCAGUCCUGCACUCAGCCAGGGCCACCCCAGGGGCUAUAAGAGCAACUAGAUUUCUGGAGCAGCUCGGGGAUGGGUGCCAUUUGAGCCCAGCUUGGCUCCCCCUCCUGGCUGGCCUCCUUCCUGCCCUUCUUCUGCCUGCCUGUGUCUGCCAGAUUCUCCAAAGAGGAACGCUUGGCACCAUGUCUCUGCUCAACCCUGUCCUGCUGCCCCCCAAGGUGAAGGCCUAUCUGAGCCAAGGGGAGCGCUUCAUCAAAUGGGAUGAUGAAACUACAGUUGCCUCUCCAGUUAUCCUCCGUGUGGAUCCUAAGGGCUACUACUUAUACUGGACGUAUCAAAGUAAGGAGAUGGAGUUUCUGGAUAUCACCAGCAUCCGGGAUACUCGCUUUGGGAAGUUUGCCAAGAUGCCCAAGAGCCAGAAGCUCCGGGACGUCUUCAACAUGGACUUUCCUGACAACAGCUUCCUGCUGAAGACACUCACGGUGGUGUCCGGCCCGGACAUGGUGGACCUCACCUUCCACAACUUCGUCUCCUACAAGGAGAACGUGGGCAAGGUCUGGGCUGAGGACGUACUGGCCCUAGUCAAGCAUCCGCUGACGGCCAACGCCUCCCGCAGCACCUUCCUGGACAAGAUCCUUGUGAAGCUCAAGAUGCAGCUCAACUCUGAAGGGAAGAUUCCGGUGAAGAACUUUUUCCAGAUGUUUCCUGCUGACCGCAAGCGGGUGGAAGCUGCUCUCAGUGCCUGCCACCUCCCCAAAGGCAAAAAUGACGCCAUCAAUCCUGAGGACUUCCCAGAACCUGUCUACAAGAGUUUCCUCAUGAGCCUCUGUCCUCGGCCAGAAAUAGAUGAGAUCUUCACUUCUUACCAUGCUAAGGCCAAACCCUACAUGACGAAGGAGCACCUGACCAAAUUCAUCAACCAGAAACAGCGGGACUCCCGGCUUAACUCCCUGCUGUUCCCGCCAGCACGGCCUGACCAGGGGCAGGGCCUCAUCGACAAGUAUGAGCCCAGUGGCAUCAAUGUGCAGAGGGGCCAGCUGUCACCUGAGGGCAUGGUCUGGUUUCUCUGUGGGCCAGAGAACAGUGUGCUGGCUCAGGACAAGCUGCUGCUCCACCACGACAUGACGCAGCCACUCAAUCAUUACUUCAUCAACUCGUCCCACAACACCUACCUGACAGCCGGCCAGUUCUCAGGCCUCUCCUCGGCUGAGAUGUACCGCCAGGUGCUGCUCUCUGGCUGCCGUUGCGUGGAGCUAGACUGCUGGAAGGGGAAACCCCCUGACGAGGAGCCCAUUAUCACCCACGGCUUCACCAUGACCACAGACAUCUUCUUCAAAGAAGCAAUUGAGGCUAUUGCAGAAAGUGCCUUUAAGACCUCCCCCUAUCCCAUCAUCCUGUCGUUUGAGAACCAUGUGGACUCACCCCGCCAGCAGGCUAAGAUGGCUGAGUAUUGCCGGACCAUCUUUGGGGAUAUGCUGCUCACAGAGCCCCUGGAAAAGUUCCCGCUAAAACCAGGUGUCCCCUUGCCCAGCCCCGAGGAUCUCAGGGGCAAGAUCCUCAUCAAGAACAAGAAGAACCAGUUUUCUGGCCCCACCUCCUCCAGUAAGGAUCCUGGUGGGGAGGCUGAGGGCAGCAGCCCACCCAGUGCCCCUGCAGGUGAGCGCACAGUGUGGGCUGGCGAGGAUGGGACUGAGCUGGAGGAGGAGGAGGUGGAAGAGGAAGAGGAGGAGGAGUCAGGAAACCUGGACGAAGAAGAGAUUAAGAAGAUGCAGUCGGAUGAGGGCACAGCGGGCCUGGAAGUGACGGCUUAUGAGGAGAUGUCCAGCCUAGUCAAUUACAUCCAGCCCACCAAGUUCAUCUCCUUUGAGUUCUCUGCCCAAAAGAACCGAAGUUAUGUCAUCUCAUCCUUCACAGAGCUCAAGGCAUAUGACCUGCUCUCCAAGGCCUCGGUGCAGUUUGUGGACUACAACAAGCGCCAGAUGAGCCGCAUUUACCCCAAGGGAACCCGCAUGGACUCCUCCAACUACAUGCCCCAGAUGUUCUGGAAUGCUGGAUGCCAGAUGGUUGCCCUCAACUUCCAGACGAUGGACUUGCCCAUGCAGCAGAACAUGGCAGUGUUUGAGUUCAACGGGCAGAGCGGCUACCUCCUCAAGCACGAGUUCAUGCGCCGGCCAGACAAGCAGUUCAACCCCUUCUCAGUGGACCGCAUCGACGUGGUGGUGGCCACCACCCUUUCCAUCACGGUGAUCUCUGGGCAGUUCCUGUCAGAACGCAGCGUGCGUACCUAUGUGGAAGUGGAGCUGUUUGGCCUUCCUGGGGACCCCAAGAGGCGCUAUCGAACUAAGCUGUCACCCAGUACCAACUCCAUCAAUCCUGUCUGGAAGGAGGAGCCCUUUGUCUUUGAGAAGAUCUUGAUGCCUGAGCUGGCCUCCCUCAGGGUGGCUGUGAUGGAGGAAGGCAACAAGUUUCUUGGACACCGCAUCAUCCCCAUCAAUGCCCUAAAUUCUGGGUACCACCACCUGUGCCUGCACAGUGAGAGCAACAUGCCCCUCACCAUGCCUGCGCUCUUCAUCUUCCUGGAGAUGAAGGACUACGUACCUGGUGCUUGGGCAGAUCUCACUGUGGCCCUCGCCAACCCCAUUAAGUUCUUCAGUGCCCAUGACAAGAAGUCUGUGAAGCUCAAGGAGGCCAUGGGAGGUCUGCCUGAGAAGCCCUUCCCACUGGCGAGUCCAGUUGCCAGCCAGGUCAAUGGGGCGUUGGCCCCAACGAGCAAUGGGUCACCAGGUAUGAGCUUCGGUCCGCACACCUACUGGGGGCACCUCCACCUCCGCACCCACAGGCACUUCCCUUUAAAAAAUUUCACCUGGGGAAAGUGCGGGGCAGGGGGCACAUACUGCGACUCCCAGGGGGUGGUGUGGGGGAGGCGAACGGAGCCAAGGGGCCCUCCAGAGCACCUGCCAGCCCAGCCCGUGGCUCUUGCAGCAGCCAGGGCCGGGGCCAGGGAAGAGGCUAUGAAAGAAGCUGCGGAGCCGCGGACUGCCAGCCUGGAGGAGCUCCGGGAGCUAAAGGCCGUCGUGAAGCUGCAGCGGCGGCACGAGAAGGAGCUGCGGGAGUUGGAGCGGCGCGGAGCGCGGCGCUGGGAGGAGCUGCUGCAGCGGGGCGCGGCGCAGCUGGCCGAGCUCGGGCCACCGGGCGUGGGAGGCGUUGGGGCCUGCAAGCUGGGUCCGGGCAAGGGCUCUCGCAAGAAGAGGAGCCUGCCCCGCGAGGAGAGCGCCGGAGCUGCGCCGGGCGAGGGCCCUGAGGGCGUGGACGGGCGCGUGCGGGAGCUGAAGGACAGGCUGGAACUAGAGCUGCUGCGGCAGGGCGAGGAGCAGUACGAGUGCGUUCUGAAGCGCAAAGAGCAGCACGCGGCCGAGCAAAUCUCCAAAAUGAUGGAGCUGGCCAGAGAGAAACAGGCGGCAGAGCUGAAGGCCCUGAAGGAGACGUCGGAGAACGACACCAAAGAGAUGAAGAAAAAGCUGGAGACGAAGAGACUGGAGCGGAUCCAGGGCAUGACCAAAGUCACCGCAGACAAGAUGGCCCAGGAGAGGUUGAAGAGAGAGAUUAACAACUCCCACAUCCAGGAAGUAGUGCAGGUGAUCAAGCAGAUGACGGAGAACUUGGAGGGGCACCAGGAGAAGCUGGAGGAGAAGCAGGCGGCUUGCCUGGAACAGAUACGGGAGAUGGAAAAGCAGUUCCAGAAGGAGGCGCUGGCAGAGUACGAGGCCAGGAUGAAGGGUCUAGAGGCAGAGGUGAAGGAGUCGGUGAGGGCCUGCCUCAGGACCUGCUUUCCCUCUGAGGCCAAGGACAAGCCCGAAAGGGCCUGCGAGUGCCCCCCAGAGCUGUGUGAGCAGGACCCACUCGUAGCAAAGGCAGAUGCCCAGGAGAGCCGCCUCUGAUGCCCCCAUCCCACUGGGACAUUUAGCAAGGAGGUUCAGCCCCUUCUCUGGGAUGUGGGUCUAUUCCCCCAGGAAAAAGGAGCCCCAGCCUUCUGAGGCUGUGGGAACCUGUGGCUGCCUUGGAUGCUGCAGCCCCCUCCUCAACGGCCAGGCCAGAGUCUGAGACAGGACCCAGGCACCCUCACGGCAGGGCCUCUCUGGGGCCUAGAAGUCUUCUCAAGCUGACUUCCUACCUCCCCGCCCCCAUCUCUAGAUAAGUGUCAUAUAUUUGUUGAGGGCAAAAGACUAUGGACUGGGAGGAAGAAAGUGGGAUCCUGGCCCCACUCUGCCUUUCCUAUUGAGCAACCAGCUCUGGGCUCAGUUUCCUCACCUGGAGGGUUGGACCCACCCACCUCCACUCUAGCCCCGAACCGUCCUGCCCCAGGCUUCCAGGCCCCAUCAGGCCUGCCCUGAGUUGGCCUUGUCCACUGCUUGAGGCAGAGCCUGGCACUACCUCACAGCUCCCUGGGGACGGCCACUCCCUGGCUGAGGGCUCUCCCCCUCCCCUCUGCCUGUCGGGAACAAGAACGGGAGUCUGAAAUGGAAAAGCUGUCUUGGCCCUGCUUGGCUGAGUCACAAGGGGCAGUGGCCUCUUGGGUGCUGUUCCACCCUGAACCUGGCUCACCCCUCUUCCUAGGCCUGGGGGCAGGCAGUUCCCAGCAUGUACCCCUCUCAGGCUGCCUGCCUGACAAGGUCAGCAUCAUUUGCUCUCCUGAAUUUAUGAGGUUUAUUUAUUUUUCUCUUUCCUACUCCUAUUAAAGAACCUUGUCCCAGUG